AUAAGUGGAGGUUGGGACGGUCAGGCCGCCCCUGCCGCUGGCCAGCAGCUCCGAGGCGCUCAUCACCGCCGCAGCCUCCCCUGGCGGCCCGCGGCUCGGGACGCCUCGCGCGUGGGAGGGCGCGGACGAGCCCCUGACGAGCAGCGGGCGUCCGGGCGCCCGGCCCACGGAGGAGCGCCGCACGGGCCGCGCUGGCCCCGGCUUUCAGCGCCAUGCCCUGUGGAGAGGACUGGCUGAGCCACCCGCUCGGGAUCGUGCAAGGCUUCUUCGCCCAAAAUGGAGUUAAUCCUGACUGGGAGAAGAAAGUUAUUGAAUACUUCAAGGAAAAGCUGAAGGAAAAUAAUGCUCCUAAAUGGGUACCAUCAUUGAAUGAAGUUCCCCUUCAUUAUUUGAAACCCAACAGCUUUGUCAAGUUUCGUUGCAUGAUUCAGGAUAUGUUUGACCCUGAGUUUUACAUGGGAGUUUAUGAGACAGUUAACCAGAACACAAAAGCACGAGUUCUUCAUUUUGGAAAAUACAGGGAUGUAGCAGAAUGUGGGCCUCAACAGGAGCUUGACUUAAACUCUCCGCGAUCUACCACUGCAGAAAGACAGACUUUCUACUGUGUUCCAGUGCCUGGGGAAUCUUCAUGGGUCAAAGAGGCCUAUGUCAAUGCAAACCAAGCUCGAGUCAGUCCCUCAACUUCCUAUACUCCCAGUCGGCACAAGAGGAGUUAUGAAGAUGAUGAAGAUAUGGACCUACAGCCCAAUAAACAGAAAGACCAACAUGCAGGUGCCCCGCAAGCAGGGGGCUUCGGUGGCCUUCACUGGUGCGGAGAACCAAAGCGCUUAGAAACUGAAGCUUCUACUGGGCAACAGCUGAACUCCUUGAACCUUUCUUCCCCAUUUGAUCUGAACUUCCCCCUGCCAGGAGAGAAGGGCCCUGCCUGCCUCGUUAAGGUCUAUGAAGACUGGGAUUGCUUCAAAGUCAAUGAUGUUCUUGAGUUAUAUGGUGUGCUGUCUGUGGAUCCUGUCCUGAGCAUACUGAAUAAUGAAGAAAGGGAGGCGUCUGCAUUACUGGAUUCCAUGGAGUGUACAGACAUGGCAGAAGAGCAGAGGGUGCAUAGUCCUCCAGCUUCAUUAGUGCCAAGAAUUCAUGUGAUUUUAGCCCAGAAGCUGCAGCACAUCAAUCCUUUGUUACCCACUUGCCUUAACAAGGAGGAGAGCAGAACCUUUGUGUCCAGUUUCAUGUCUGAGUUGUCUCCGGUCAGAGCAGAGCUACUUGGAUUCCUCACACAUGCGCUUUUGGGAGAUAGUUUGGCUGCUGAAUACCUUAUAUUGCAUCUCAUCUCAACAGUAUAUACAAGAAGAGAUGUUCUUCCACUAGGAAAAUUUACAGUUAACCUGAGUGGCUGCCCACAAAAUAGUACCUUCACAGAACACCUAUAUCGGAUCAUUCAACACCUUGUUCCAGCAUCUUUUCGUCUACAGAUGACAAUAGAAAACAUGAACCAGUUGAAAUUCAUUCCCCACAAAGAUUAUACAGCCAAUCGAUUGGUCAGCGGUCUCCUCCAGUUGCCCAAUAACACGUCCCUGGUCAUUGAUGAGACUCUUCUCGAGCAAGGGCAGUUGGACACCUCAGGUGUUCAUAAUGUGACUGCACUGAGCAACCUGAUAACAUGGCAGAAGGUGGAUUAUGACUUCAGUUACCACCAGAUGGAGUUCCCGUGCAAUAUCAACGUUCUCAUCACAUCUGAGGGGAGGUCGCUACUCCCGGCAGACUGCCAGAUUCACUUGCAGCCCCAGCUGAUGCCACCCAACAUGGAGGAGUACAUGAAUAGCCUUCUCUCAGCUGUGCUGCCAUCUGUGCUCAACAAGUUCCGCAUCUACCUGACCCUCUUGAGAUUUCUGGACUACAACAUAUCAGAUGACAUAACCAAGGCGGUUGAAGACGAUUUUGUGGAAAUGCGUAAAAACGAUCCUCAGAGUAUCACAGCUGAUGACCUCCACCAAUUGCUUGUGGUGGCUCGGUUUCUGUCCCUGAGUGCUGGUCAGACAACACUAUCAAGAGAACGAUGGCUAAGAGCAAAGCAACUGGAGUCUUCCAGAAAAAACAGGCUUCAGCAGCACAAGUGUGUGAAUGGGAAUGAACUUUAGAGCUCUGAACUUAAGAAGAGAAUGGGCAAGCUAUAGCCUCCAUGCUGUACAAUUCAGAUUCGUUUAUACCAUAUUGUUUUAUAGAUAAUUUGUAUCCAAAAACAAUGACUUUUCCUGAAAUCAAGCCUGGUGACACCUAAAGUUUAUAUGAUUCUCUGUAAGGGCUUUUACCUUACUGGUUUUAUGGAGUUUCGGAGUUUGUUUUAUAAUUAGUUAUGAUGUAUAAAAAUGUAUUUGAUAUUAAAAAGUUUAAUAAUGAUAAUGUUGCUGAUCAUACCAUUUCCUUAGCCAUAGCUACAUUUUAGGCCAGACUCUUAAAGUACCAGCUUCACCUGAAGUAAUUACUGGAAGAGUUGUGCCCUCGCACUUCUGUGUUAAUGCGGAAUGGUUCUGGUCUGUGUGUGUUUCUAGUCGGGAUGUACUUGCCAUUGAUUCCUGUGAACUCUCUAGUGUCAUUUUCUAUAUAUCUGGACAUAGAAACUUUUUUCCACUUACCAGCUGUUAAUAGCCUGCAGAACUAGGCUUUCCCAUGGCAGGAGUUGCCAACUUUUAAUUUCAUGGACUAGAGAUCUCUGGGGUAGAGUUGCCAGUUAAUUUGUCAAGUCACUUGUAGGAAAAAAAAAAAAAAAAAUCAAUCACUGUGAUCACUGUUUUGUUUUCAUAAAAGGACACUCAGAUAAGAGAGUCUUUCCUUGGAAUAAAUGCAGCUUUGUGAAGGUUAUGACAUUGUCCUUAGCUUUUCUCACACCCUGCAUUUGAAACUGUCAUUUUAAGGGACUCUGAAAGGAAUGCUACCCCAUGGAACCUUACCCAAACAUUGGGGGGUGGGGAGACUGUUUAAAUUGUAAACUUUGAGAGGGGUGGUGGUUAGAAUUGCUUUUUUAUGGUGCUUUGUAUUGAACCCUGGCCUCUCACACAUGCUGGAGAAGUGCUCUACCACUAAGCUACAUCCCUAGGGGGUGGGGACUCUUAACAUAAGUUUAUCAGAUAGUUUCCAAGUUUGUUAGAUGGUAACAUCAUUUGCUAGUACAGUUACAGGUAGGUUUUCCUCAGACCUAUUCAUUUUGAUAUGCAUAUUUUCAAAUAAACAAAAGUUAUUACUU